AUGUACUAUAUUCUCUACCUCGCAAGUCUCUGCCGACGCCGGCACUGGGCAGAUCCCGCCUACGAAUCCUAUGCUGUUGGGGGCGGCUACACCUGCAUCGUCCGAGUCAACAACCGGGAAUACCAGACGGAGAACGUUUGCGAAUCGAAGACUCUGGCUGAGGAGCAUGCAGCGAUGCGCGCGUAUCUGAUUUGUCGCAACUUCUCUGUCAACGACGGCAUGUAUCCUGCUGGGCAUGAACACAGGGGAGGGCCUAUUCAGGGAAUUCCGGUCGCCAUUGGCACGGGAAGAAAGGGACGCUAUGGAGAUGAGACGGACAUGUCGACUAGUGGCGAGAGCAGAAGUGGUGGGAGCAGUCCGGAGAGCUGUGAAGGGAGAUUGGAUCGAAGGGGUGUUGGACCGACGAGGGCGCUUGCCUUUGGACAGUAG